AUGAACUCGGAACAACAUAUGCUGUGCACCAAAGCCCUUUCAUUCGCAAUGAAAAAGAUAGCUUACCUAGACUUCCCGGCCUACGGCAGUCUGUACUUCGCAGAUGCGCCUCUAGACUCGGACUUGAAGAUUCCUUUCGAGCAAGGCUUCUGCGUGGGACCACAUUGCAGUCCAGUUUUCUGGAACCGGGAUCCGGGGGAACAUGAGCUCCACCGUGGCCCAAGUCCCAACUGCGGGCCUUGGAAAGAUCUCACAAGUUAUUGUCGAGGUUUGGUAGAUACGGGGUUCUCCCGUUUACCUAAAGAGGCCGUCAAUGAUCGCGAACUUCUGCCACAUCAAGGAUCCAUUGAAGAUCACAUUCGUCUAUUGAACAUAAGCCGAGAGGUGAUACAAAAGUUGAUUGAAGACAAACGCAUUCAGGAGGCUGCUACACCAGCUCUGCUUCAUCCGGAUUUUCACAAGAGGAAUAUCUACGUCUCUGCCGGAGAACCAACCGUUAUUACUGGCCUGAUAGAUUGGCAAUCAACCAGUAUUGAGCCGGGGAUUAUUUAUGCCAGGGAGACAACUGAUUUCGCUGAACCCCCUAGGGUCCCCGUGGAAGAUCUACUCGAGAACGAACAAUAUGAAAGGGAGCUUUCUAAAGAACAGGAACGAGAAUUAACAGAUGCGUCCAUCUGUUACCAAACAUAUGAUGUGAUCAUGACAGGCAUCACGCCUAAGCUUCGUCCUGCAAGAUUACUUGAUCCGACUCUUUUUCGACUCUUCCACUACUGCCACACAAGCUGGAGAGUCUCCGCUGCCGCUGUCCGUCAAGAGUUAAUUGAGCUUUCAGCUCGCUGGACAGAACUGAGAUUAGAGGGUUCAUGUCCGUAUUCUCCCACAGAAGCGGAAUUGACACAGCAUGCUCGAGAUUAUGAUGAUUUUGAGGCUGUUCAAGCACUCAAGUCAUGGCUAAGAGAUAACCUCGAUACAAAUUCUGAUGGAUGGAUCCCGAAUGAUGCAUGGGAUGCUGCGAAGGUUGCUCAUCGCACAACGUAUAAUGAUUGGAUAGAGACUGCCAAAGAAGCCGAGGCCCGUGGCGAAGACAUGACAGUAGCAAAGGCGGACAAGAUGUGGCCAUUCGAUGCUAGAUAG